CGUAUCUUGUUUACAUGUUUGAGAAACGUUGGCUCGUCGCUCGCUAAGCACAUCGUCGUAGGAACAAAUUCAGUGUACGGCGAAUUUAGGCCUUUUACAGGUUUCUAGAGAGACCAGAAUCUGCAAACAGCCCUUAAAGGCAAAGCGAAGACCAUAAGCAAAGUGACAGAAGAGCAGGCAGAGACCCGGCACCAUGUCUCUCGCGGACGAACUACUGAAUGACUUCGAGGAGGGCGAAGAAGAGGAGCUUCUGUCCAAUGAAUUACAGGCUCGAGAAGGCACCCCGGGAGAACCGGUGGAAUCCAUGGACGUCGAGUUCAAGGUGCCUUUCGCCGUCGACCCCAAAGCAGCCAAGCCAGGGUUACAGUCCGUACGGCAGGUGGCUAAGUUGUGGGACUCGAAUAAGCUUCGCGACAUAAAAGACCAGAUUGAAAAUUAUGCGUCACAGCAGAGGAAGGCAGAGGAUAUCCAAGGACCUGUGGAGGCAGAUCCAGAGUACUUGCUGAUUGUGGAGGCAAACAACAUUAAUGUAGAUAUUGAUGACGAAGUUGGGACGAUUCACAAAUUCGUAAAGGAGAAGUAUUCCAAGAGGUUCCCAGAGUUAGAAUCACUGGUCGUCAAUUCCCUCGAAUACCUUAAUGCUGUGCGUGAGCUUGGGAAUGAUGUGGACAAGGUUAAAAACAGUGAGGCUUUAGCCCAGAUCCUGACACAAGCCACAAUUAUGGUGGUGAGUGUAACGGCUUCCACCACACAAGGUACCCUCCUCACAAACCAGGAACUUGAAGCCAUAGAAGAGGCUUGCAAGAUGGCUCAGGAUCUGAAUGCUUUCAAGAUAAAAAUCUUUGAGUAUGUUGAGAGCCGGAUGAACUUCAUUGCUCCAAAUCUAUCUUGCAUUGUUGGGGCAUCAACUGCAGCCAAGCUGAUGGGAGCUGCGGGAGGUCUCACAAACCUUGCCAAAAUGCCAGCUAGUAAUGUCCUCCUUGUUGGGAAACAGAAGAGGACCAUGAUUGGAAUGGCCCAGACCUCCAUGCUUCCUCACACAGGACAUAUUUACUACUGUGAUAUUGUACAGGAAACACCACCUGACCUGCGUUCAAAGGCUGCUCGGAUUGUUGCUGCAAAGGCCACUCUUGCUGCUCGUGUGGACAGCAUGCACGGGAGCCCCACAGGUGCACAGGGCUUAAUCCUAAGGGAGGAAGUUGAGAAAAAACUAGACAAAUUACAAGAACCUCCUCCAGUCAAAGCUGUCAAACCACUGCCUCCACCCAUAGAUGCCCCUGGCAAGAAGCGUGGAGGACGACGGGUCCGCAAAAUGAAGGAAAGGAUGGCUGUGACAGACCUUCGGAAGGCACAGAACAGAAUGAACUUCGGAGAGAUUGAGGAAGAUGCAUACCAAGACGACCUGGGUUACACAAGAGGUCAGCUUGGGAAAGGUGGCGCAGGACGUAUCAGGAAGGUCACAGUGGACGAGAAGACGAGGGUCCGCCUUUCCAAAACUCUACAGAAAGAGGUGCAGCGGCAGACUUCUCUCGGAGGCCAGACCACCGUGAGAAGACAAGUGGCUGGUACCGCAUCCAGUGUUGCCUUUACACCUCUCCAAGGCCUUGAAAUUGUCAAUCCUCAGGCGGCAGAGAUGAGCGGACAUGCCAAGGCCAAUAAGUAUUUCUCAAAUGUUCUUGGGUUCAAGAAUGUAAAUAACAAGUUGGUUUAAUUGAAGCAAAGCAAGCGAGUUGAUGUAUUUUUGUAAGAGAUUAGACACAAAUUACUUGAAAAGUUAUUUGUUACAGUGGAUGUAAUAAAAGGAGAAUGAGUUGUAUUCACUUUAUUUUAAUCUAUGAUUUACCUACAUUUAGUGUAUGUAUUUAUGAUUUGAAGUUAUUGACAGAGGUAUUGAUAACAUUUGUCCACUUUUGUUUGGAUAAUUGAAAAAAGAAGUUCUUUCUGCCUUGCUAUUGGAUGUUUUUAUUUACCUCAAAGAAUGUAUUUGGAAUUAAUGAAAUAUAGAAAGUGAGAGAUGCCUGUAUCUCUAUUGCUAAUGGAGGACAUGAUACUAGUGUAAAGUCUAUGCAAACAGGAUAUGUCAGUAAUUCUACAGCUGGCAGCACCAAGUAACUCUGCCGUGGUCAUAUACCCUUUACUGUAAAUCUAUAGUGAAUUGACCUACAUUUUUUUUGUUUUUGCCACUGUGAUUGAGAAAUAUUUACACCAUCUUAUUUUUUACAACUGUUAAAUCAUUACAUCAGUUAAAUCAUAAUUCUGAGACCCAAAGUUAUCUUGAUGUAGAGCCAUGUAGAUUCAGUAAGCUGAGCUAUAGAAAAAAUUUAAAUUCUUUUAUAUAACACCUAUUUAUCACUUACAUCCUGAUCUGUGCAUAUAUAUGUAUAUAUAUAUCUGAUAUGAGUUACCAAACACUAAAAAUGUAAUAAUAUAUGCAACAUGUAACAACUUAUUCUGUUUCUGGAUAAGUUAUGUAACUGCAUAUUUGUGGGAGACUUCUGUAAAAAUAACUUGUGACAUACUAUCUCCUGAAUAUUUCUGCAAGCCUUUAUUCUACCUAAUGCUUUUAGGCCAUAAUAAAAGGCGAAUCCAUG